CGUCCGUGGAUCCAGUGCCCCAGAGACGUGGUGGCAGAAACGGACGAGCGGCGUGGCACUGCCAACAUCAGCUGGAAGGUGCCCACUGCUACUGACAACUCUGGGGAGGAGGUCCUGGUUCAGGUGAAGCCUGUGUACACCCCUCCCCAGCUGUUCCCUAUAGGAGAGGAGAAGAUAAUCUAUACAGCGACAGACCGUGCUGGGAACCAGGCUAACUGCACCUUCACUGUCACUGUCAUAGAUACGGAGCCCCCUGUGAUUGACAGGUGCAGGUCACCGCCCACUUUCCAGGCCACAGACACGCAGGCGGCCGUCGCCUGGGAGGUGCCACAGUUUUCCGACAACUCAGGUGGGCGUCUGGGUGUGUCCACCACGCACACACCAGGCUCUCUAUUCCCUGUCGGAGAGACGGUGGUGAGCUACACAGCUACGGAUCAGGCAGGCAACAACCGCACCUGCCACCUCACCAUCACUGUACAAGGGUCUACAUGUGAGCAGCCCUUCGUCCCAGUGAAUGGGGAGUUCUCCUGUUCAGAAGAGGAGGACGGGGUCAACUGUACUCUGUACUGUAACGACGGAUACAGCUUCACACAGCAGGCCGACCACAGCUACUUCUGUGCUAACAACGGAGUGUGGGAGCCGCCACACUUGCCCGACAGACCCGACUGCUCCUUGAACCGUAUUGCCAACCAUGGGUUCAAGCCCUUUGAGAUGCUGUUCAAAGCCUCUCGCUGUGAUGACCUGGACCUGGUCAAGUCCUUCACUGGGGAGUUCAGCACUAAACUAGGAGACAUGCUCCCGACCAUCUGCAGUAAUGAUGAUGUUGCCUGCAAGUUAGAUGUGAUGUCACAGGGCCACUGUCUUGAGUACAACUACGACUAUGAGAAUGGAUUCGCCAUCGGUCCAGGAGGAUGGGGCAGUAACUGGGGACCCCAGAGUGGUCAGGACUAUGCCUACUUCGAUACAGGCUUUGCCACGGACAGCCAGAGAACUCCUAUGCAACAGGACAGUACCGGCAGGACGGGAACCUCCCAUUACCGCGCCAAGAGGCACCGUAAGAUCACCGGCCCCACCAGAGACCAAAAGAUACAGAUCUUCUUCAACAUCACAGCAAGCAUCCCGUUGCCCUCGUCCAGGAACGACUCGGUGGAGGUAGCCAAUCAGAAGCGCCUGAUGCGGACCCUGGAGCAGCUGACCAAUCGACUGAAGCGGACGCUGGCCAAGCAGCCUCUGUCGUCAUAUCACGUGUCUUCGGAGAUGAUUGUGGUGGCUGACCCCAAGUCCCUGGAGAGCAAGAGGGCCUCUCUGUUCUGCCGACCUGGGUCUGUACUGAAGGGGAGGAUGUGUGUCCAGUGUCCGGUGGGAACCUACUUCUCCCUAGAGUAUGCAGAGUGUGAGAGCUGCUGGCUGGGUUCCUUCCAGGAACAGGAGGGUCAGAUGGAGUGUAAAACCUGUCCUGAUGGAUCCUCCACAGCCUACCUCCACGCACGCAGCCAGGAUCAGUGCAAAGAGCAGUGCAGGCCUGGAAGUUACUCUGUGAACGGGCUGGAGACGUGCGAGUCGUGCCCACUGGGGCACUACCAGCCUGGGUUUGGAUCCAGAGAGUGUCUGGUCUGUCCGGAUGAGACCUCCACCGUCACCUGCGGGGCAAGGGAGAUGUCUGAGUGUGGAGUUCCUUGUUUGGCAGGUCAUUUCUCUCGAACAGGGUUGGUCCCCUGCUACCCCUGCCCCAGAGACUACUACCAACCCGACCACGGCCGCUCCUACUGCCUCGCCUGCCCUUUCUACGGCACCACCACAGUCACCGGGGCCACUGCCAUACAACACUGCUCCAGUUUUGGCUCUAGUUUCCUGCCCAAGGAGGAGAGUGUGACAUCAGCCCCAGAGGUGGUGGUAUCCCAGGACUACCAGGCUAGCAGCCAGGUGUUCCAUGAGUGUUUCCUGAAUCCGUGUCAGAACAGGGGCACGUGUGAGGAGGUGGGGGCGGGAUACGUGUGCACCUGUCUACCUGGUUUCACAGGGGCUAAGUGUGAGAGUGACAUAGAUGAGUGUGACUCGGCACCCUGUCAGAAUGACGGUCUCUGUAAGGACGGCAUGGGAGACUUCCUCUGUCAGUGUAGACCUGGCUUUGUAGGUUCUUUGUGCGAGGCAGAGGUGAAUGAGUGUAGCUCCUUCCCCUGUCUGAACGAGGGAGUGUGUGUGGACGAGAUCAACCAGUACACCUGCAGCUGUGCUGACGGCUUCACAGGUUCUCGUUGUGAGCUGGAGAUAGAUGAGUGUCUGUCCAGUCCGUGUCUGAACGGGGGUGUGUGUGACGACCUGCUGGGGGGGUACUCCUGCACCUGCCUCCCGGGCUACUCUGGUUACCGUUGUGAGGUCAACGUGGAUGAGUGUAACAGCGCCCCCUGUCUGAAUGGAGGGACAUGUCAAGACGCGGUCAACAACUUCAGGUGUCAGUGUGUGGAGGGCUACCGCGGCAGGCUGUGCCAGGUGGAUGUUGAUGAGUGUCAGGCUAACCUCUGUAUCAACGGGGCCACCUGUAUAGACGGACCGGGCUCCUACACCUGCCGCUGCCCUCCUGGGUUCAACGGAAGCAGGUGUGAGACAGAGAUGUCGACCUCAUUCAACCUGGAUUUUGAGGUGUCAGGUAUCCAUGGUUAUGUAAUGAUGGACGGGGUGAUGCCUGCGCUGACGGAGAUCACGUGUACGUUCUGGAUGAGGUCAUCAGACACCACCAACUACGGCACGCCCAUCUCCUACGCCGUGGAGGAAAGUGACAACGCCUUCCUGCUCAUAGACUACAACGGGUGGGUCCUAUACAUCAAUGGUAAGGAGCGGAUCACAGAUUGCCCGGCGGUUAACACGGGUCAGUGGCACCACAUUGGGGUGUCAUGGCGAAGCUGGGACGGUGACUGGAGGGUCUAUAUCAACGGAAACCCCUCAGACGGAGGGAAAGGCCUGUCAGUGGGCAGCACCAUCCCAGGUGGAGGGGCAUUGGUGCUGGGCCAGGACCAGGACCAGAGGGGCGAGGGCUUUAACCCGGUGGAGUCCUUCGUGGGGUCCCUCAGCCAGCUCCACAUUUGGGACAGAGUUCUGGACCCACAACAAAUCAAGAUCCUAGCCAGCACCUGUCCAGGGAAAAACAUCAGAGGCAACGUCCUGGCCUGGCCUGACUUCCUCAAUGGGGUGGUGGGGAGAGUGAAGACUAACCCCAACUGCAUCUUCUGCGCUGACUGCCCCCAGCUAGAGAAUGCAGUGCCUCACCUGCGUGCGUCCAGUCCAGCGGUCAGUCCCGGGUCUCAGACGCAGCUGUCCUGUGUUCCUGGCUUCUACCUGGUGGGGGAGCCGCUGCUGCAGUGUCACAACAAGGGAGAGUGGAGCCACGCCCUGCCCCGCUGUGAACGAGUGAAGUGUGGUUCUCCUUGGCCACUGGAGCAUGGUCUGUUCCAGGGUGCCGACUACCAUGCAGGCAGCUCUGUGGUGUACCAGUGUAACCCAGGGUUCUACCUGCUGGGGGACGCCAAGGUCCUCUGUACCAACAGUGGGAAGUGGGGAGGCAACCCGCCCGCCUGCCUGGAUGUGGAUGAGUGUGCACUGGGCUCAGACUGUGAUGAACACUCCAGCUGUCAGAACACAGACGGCUCCUACACCUGCACCUGUAUCCACCCCUACAGCGGAGACGGGAAGAACUGCACAGAACCAGUGAAGUGUGAGAACCCGGGGGCUCCAGAGUUCGGCUAUAAGGACGGUAUUAACUUCCUGAUGGGAAGUGAGGUCGUGUUCACCUGCGAGGAAGGCUACGAGCUGAUUGGCUCAUCUCACGUCCAAUGCCUGGAGAUAGGAAGCUGGAGUGGUGUUUUCCCGUACUGCAGAGCCCUCUCGUGUGGAAGGCCCUCUGUCCCAGAGAAUGCUGUGAUGAAGGGCACCAACUUCACGUUUGGAAGCAAGGUGACUUUCAGCUGCGUUAAGGGGUUCGUCCCAGGGGACCCCUAUGAGAUCCAGUGUCUGGCCAAUCUGAAGUGGAGCAUUGCGCCCCCUGUCUGUCAGCCAGUCACCUGCGGGGAACCUCCACACGUAGACAAUGCAGAUUUCACCCUCAAAGGGAAAACCUACCUGUCUACAGUGAUCUACAGCUGUGCAGAGGGAUACAGACUGCAGGGCUCUGAGGAGGUGGUGUGUGAGGCGUCAGGAGAGUGGAGCAGCCCUGCCCCUCUCUGUGCCAGGGUCCACUGUGGUGACCCCCCCGCCCUACGGGACUCAGUGACCAUGGGGGACGACCACACCCUGGGCAACAAGGUGCACUACGUCUGCAAAGAAGGCUACACUCUGAUUGGACCAGAGUCCAGAGAGUGCCUGUCGACUGGCCAAUGGAGUCCCACUUCCGCUCAGUGUGUCCCCCGCUCCUGUGGCCCUCCCCCUUCCAUAGACCACGCCCUCGCUGUCGCCGGUCACCAGCUGUUUGGCGACACGGCCAACUACUUCUGCACGGACGGCUACACCGCUAGCAACAACUCCAAGGUGGUCUGCAAUGCCCAGGGAUUGUGGGCGCCCUCCGAAGGCCAGGAGGCCCCUCGUUGCAUCGCCACCUUCUGCCAGCGCCCGCCUGACCUGCUCCAUGCCGUCUUGGACUCGGUCAACAAACCCAAGUACGCCAGCAACACAGAGCUCAACUACAAAUGCGAAGAGGGCUUCAUCCUCAACACAACCGCCAAAUUGAAAUGCAUGAUGGGAGGGGAGUGGACGCCCUCGCCCUACGAAGUGGGUUGCGUGCCGGUGAGGUGCUCCAAACCGGGGGGCAUCGAGAGGGGGUAUGUGAGUGGGACCAACUAUAGUUUUGGAGCGAUGGUGGCGUAUAGCUGUGAUAAGGGUUUCCUGAUCCAAGGGGAGAAGAGGAGGACAUGUGAGGCCAAUGGAAAGUGGGGUGGGGUCCUGCCUGUCUGCCAACCUGUCUCCUGCCCGUCCCCCCCGUCACUCGAGAAUGGAUUCAUCCAGAACAAAGGUCAUUUCAUCUUCAACAGCAAGGUGACAUAUGCGUGCGACGACGGAUACCGACUGACCGGCCAUCAGGAGAGAGUGUGCCAGGCCAACCGUCAGUGGUCCAACGGCGACCCACCCGUCUGCCACAUCCUGACCUGCGACCCCCCGCCCAUCAUCCUGCAUGGCCAAUACCGUGGCUCCGUUGGCUCUGUCUUCGAGGUGGGCCACAAGGUUGAGUACGUCUGCGACGAGGGCUACGAGCUAACCGGCGACGCUGUGUGGACGUGUCUGAAGUACGGCAAGUGGGACAAGUCGAGUCAUCCACGCUGCUCACUGGUCCAGUGCCCAGAACCGCCCCUAGAUGAGAACCACCUGGUUCUACGUAGUUUGGACUCUGGAAUCGUGGAACUAUCCUGCGAGGACGGCUACGUUCUCCACGGGGCCCGGACCCUCCGCUGCACCCUUGCCCAGGAGUGGAACGACACCUUCCCUGUCUGCAAGCAGGUGUUUUGCGGUCCUCCACCCGAGGUGGCAUUUGGCGACCCGUCAUCGGCACCGUUGUCUGCUCCCUCCUAUUUCGGCUCGGUGGUGAGCUACUCCUGCAUGGACGGGUUUACUCUGAAGAAGGAGGGGUCUGUGACCUGCCAGGCAGAUGGAUAUUGGAGCAGUCCUGUCCCAGAGUGCAUCCCAGUAGAGUGUCCCCAACCUGUAGAGAUAGCUAACGGCAUAGUGGACGUUCAGGGACUGAUGUACCUCAGCACGGCUCUCUACAGCUGUAAACCUGGGUAUAGCUUGGUUGGUAACGCUACGGUACUCUGUGGUGAAAGUGGGCUCUGGAUUGGAGGUGUAUCUUCCUGUCAACCAUUCGAGUGCUCCGUCCCGAAAGAGAUACCCAAUGGGAAGGUGGCAUAUACCAAACUCCAGUUCAACCACGUGGUCAACUUCUCCUGUCACCGCGGUUACCGUCUACAUGGUCCCGAGACGCUGAAGUGUCUAGCAAACGGGGAGUGGGACCAGGGGACGCCCAUGUGCGUCCAGAUCUACUGCGCUCCACCGAACCCCAUAGACAACGGCUUCGUGGAGGGUCUCGACCACAAGUUCGGCGUCACCAUCUUCUACAGCUGUUUCCCCGGCUACCAAUUGGUCGGCCAGAACCACCUGACCUGUGUGGAGUUCGGUUGGUCCAGUUCUGUCCCAGUCUGCAUCCCCUCUGACUGCGGCCUGCCCCCUCAUAUCGACUUUGGCGAUUAUUCGAGGGUCUUGGAUCCGAAUGCGGAGCUAGCCGGGAGAGACGCUGCUAUAACCUCCAGGCCUAUAGGUGGCGCUACAGUGCCAUUAUCACCCAUGGAUAUGAGCUUCCUGCAUGGGACUGUGAUAGUGUACCGCUGCCAUAAGAGUUAUGAGCUUACAACCUCUACUGCCUUAGUGUGCCUGGAGGAGGGGGGGUGGAACGGGACAGCUCCCAUGUGUGUUCCUGCCGAGUGUGAGGAGCCGCCCAGCCCGGACCACGGUUCUGUGAACCUCACAGACACAUCCCUGGGUAGCCUGGUGAAGUACAGCUGUGUGGAGGGCUACGAGUUAGAGGGGGAGUCAGUCAGACAGUGUGUGGCGGGCCGACAGUGGAGCGACGUACCUCCUGUCUGCCGACCUAUAUCCUGCGGCGACCCGGGUGACAUCGAUAACGGCUCGGCCGAGGGAGACUCCUUCCUGUAUCUGGAGGUGUUGCGUUACGAGUGUAGUUCCGGGUUCGUCCUGAAGGGCAGUGACACCAGGACCUGUAAGGCGGAUGGGAAGUGGGACGCUGAGAAGCCUUGGUGUGAGCCUAUCUCCUGUGGCUCUCCCGUCGUUCCUAGUGAUGUCACUGUGACAGGAAAGGAAUAUACGUUUAACAAACAUGUAGCGCUGAGCUGUAAGUCUGGCUUGCUCCUACAAGGCCCCUCUGUUAGUGUCUGUCAGGCCGAUGGAACCUGGAGUCAUGGGUCGCCUGAGUGCCGUCCAGCCCACUGCGGUAGACCAGCAUCCAUCCCCAACGGUCGAGUCCUGGGCUCUGACUUUGGCUACAGCCGUGAGGUGUGGUAUGAGUGUGAUGAGGGGUACAUCCUCAGCGGCGGCGAACCCAAGCGGAUGUGUCGAGGGGACGGACUCUGGGGGGAAGGACCCACCCCUCGCUGUGACAUCAUCGCCUGUGACCCGCCGCAGGACAUCAGCCACGGUUACCUCAACGGCUCCAGCUUCCACUAUGAUGAUGUCGUGGAGUAUGUGUGUUUCGACGGGUACGAGGUCUUUGGUGACCCCGUCCUACGCUGUUCCGCCCAAGGCCAUUGGGUCGGGAUGGUACCGGAGUGCCGCCCCUGCCUCUGCACCCCUCCAGUGUUAAAAUACGGGGUGGUGCUGGGGCGCGACCACGCCUGCGGCGACCGCGUCUUCUUCCUCUGCGAUGAGGGCUAUAAGGUCCUGGGGCCGGCGGCUGCUACUUGUGAGAAGGGCGGGGUGUGGAGCCCGGGUGUUCCUGUGUGUGGCCGGGGGAGGUGCGUGGCUGCCCCGCCUGCAGUACCCCAUGCUGUCCAGCAGGGUGCCAGCGCCACUGUCCCAGACACAGUUACCUACAGGUGCAGGCCGGGUUACCAGAUGAAGGGGUCCUACCCCCAUGUUACCUGUGGUAGGGAGGGCAGGUGGGGCGAGGUGAGGAUCAGCUGUGAGCCCGUCUCCUGUGGAGAGCCAACUGCUAAACCACAUGCUCAUGUGGUGGGAGAGAUGUUCACCUUCGGAAGCCAGAUCCAAUAUAGGUGUGAUGAGGGGUAUGAGCUGACCAGCCAAUCUGACACUCUGACCUGUCAGUAUGACGGCACUUGGUCUAAACACAUCAUCGGGUGCCGCCCUGCCCCAUGCCCGCUCCCUGCAAACCUCACCACCCACGUCCUGGUCACGGGGGAGGACCUCACCCCUGUAGGGGGGGCAGUCACCUUCUCCUGCCCACUUGGGUUCAUCCUGCAGGGGCCAGGCCUGGCAGAGUGUCUGCUGGGUGGUAGCUGGUCUCCAGGCCUCUCCUCUGUCUCCUGUGUUCUGGUGGAUUGUGAGAAACCUCCUCCACUUCCCCAUGGUAUCUCUAAGGGGGACAGUUACAGCUACGGAGACACCGUCUUGUACACCUGCCUGUCUGGGUUUGAGAUGAAGGGAGACUCUGUGCAAACCUGUCAAGGAGAUGGAACAUGGAAUGGGGCUCAGCCUACCUGUGUCGGUGUGUCGUGUGGUCCACCUCCCUCAGUGGAGAAUGCAGAGUUACAGGCAUCAGGGGAGACGUACCAGAGCAACGUCAGCUAUCUUUGCAACCCUGGCCUACAUCUAAUUGGUCCACAGAAUCUCACCUGUUUGGCCAAUGGAACAUGGAGUUUGCCUGCACCAACGUGUGAAGUUGGCCAGGGUUGUAACAUCCCCAAGGAGUUGUUGAAUGGCAGGGUGCAGGAGCGGAGCCUGACCACCGGGCGUGCUGUAGCGUUUCAGUGUGAUAAAGGCUACGCCCUACAGGGGGAUGCUCUGGUGGCAUGUAUGGGUGAUGGGACAUGGAGCUCCAUCUUCCCCUUCUGUCAACCCAAACCAUGUCCCCCUCCCCCUGGAUGGAAGGAGAGCAGUGGGAGUGUUAACACUUCUAUACAGCUGUUCUACGUGGGUCAGUCAUUACCGUUCACCUGUCCCAAGGGCCACCAGGCAAAAGGCACCGCCUCCAUCACCUGUAGGAGCGACCAGACAUGGACUUCAGUCAGCACUGCCUGUGAGAGGGUGUCCUGCGGCCCUCCUCUCCACGUGGCCAACGGGGUGGUGCGGGGGGCGGUGUUCCAGUUCGGGGACGUGGCCGUGUACUCGUGUUUCGGAGGGUAUGCCGUGGAGGGCCACGGCAGGAGUAUGUGUCUGGAAAACAGGACCUGGACCCCCCCUCCCGCCUGCAGAGCGGUGUGUUGGCUGCAGUGCCUGAACGGAGGGGUGUGUCACAGACCCAACACCUGUUCCUGUCCUGAUGGGUGGAUGGGCAGACUGUGUGAGGAACCUAUCUGCAUCCUGCCGUGUCUGAACGGCGGGCGGUGCGCGGCACCCUACCAGUGCGAGUGUCCCACGGGCUGGACGGGGACGCGCUGUCACAGUGGAGAAGCUGGAUGUGGAAAACACCGUUUUGAUAGUGUUUCCCUAGGAAAAGGGUGUGACCAAGUUAUUCUGCCCAGAGGGAAGACCGCAUUGCCAGUUCGCCUGAGUAACCAAGGGUUCUACCAGGAAACAUCUGUUAUUAUGAGGAAGUCGUGUAGAUGAGAUUCUGACCCUUACUGAAAGUGUGGGUGUGUGUCCACACCUUCUCCCUGUUACUCAUUUAGUCAAAGGCAGGGGCGCAACUUUCACAUUCUGAAAUUGCAUUUUUCUCCCCCCCCAGUUUAAUAAUUGGAAAGUGAUACAAAACGAUGCAACAGUGUGCUUUUGGACCAUGCAGACGCCUCCGAGCGGUCGGGUAGGCUGUCUGGAGUAAAAAUAUAAUUCUAAAACCGAAGUUGCUCUCCUGGUCAAAGGCAAUAACUGCCUCAGCCUUAGGAUAGUUCUUGGUCAGGUGCAAAGCCGAUAGACCUGAGUGUGUGUGUGUGUGUGUAUAUGUGUAUAUAUAUGUUGAAUGGUUUAUGGUUGUAUUGACAGUAUGUGUAUAUGUAUAUACAGUAUAUAUGUUGAAUGGUUUACGGCUGUAUUGCCUGUGUGUGUGUGUGGUGUGUGUGUGUAUAUAUGUAUAUAUAUGUUGAAUAGUUUACGGUUGUAUUGACUGUGUGUGUGUGUAUAUAUGUAUAUAUAUGUUGAAUGGUUUACGGUUGUAUUGACUGUGUGUGUGUGUAUAUAUGUAUAUAUAUGUUGAAGAGUUUACGGUUGUAUUGACUGUGUGUGUGUGUGUAUAUAUGUAUAUAUAUGUUGAAGAGUUUACGGUUGUAUUGACUGUGUGUGUGUGUGGUGUGUGUGUGUAUAUGUACAGUACUGUAUAUAUAUGUUGAAUGGUUUACGGUAGUAUUGACUGUGUGUGUGUGUAUAUAUGUAUAUAUAUGUUGAAUGGUUUACGGCUGUAUUGCCUGUGUGUGUGUGUGGUGUGUGUGUGUACAUGUACAGUACUGUAUGUAUAUGUUGAAUGGUUUACGGUAGUAUUGACUGUGUGUGUGUGUGUAUAUAUAUAUAUAUAUGUUGAAUGGUUUACGGUAGUAUUGACUGUGUGUGUGUGUGUAUAUAUAUAUAUAUAUGUUGAAGAGUUUACGGUUGUAUUGACUGUGUGUGUGUAUAUGUUGUCGUGUCUUUGGCUAUGCCGGAUUAAGUGAUUUGACAUAAUAUUCUAUAAAAUCCUUUCUCUGUAAUUAACAUUACCUGAUUGAGCUAAUCAUGUAAAUGUAAUUAACUAGAAAGUCGGAGCACCACGAAAUAAUAUUUAUAGAGCUGUUAUCUUCUGAAUAAACUCUUAAAGACCUAGUAAUAUUUUACAUCAAUAGCAGUCAAUAUUAAUCGUCACCUUAUUUCAGUCUCAUCUGAAAGUUGUAAAUUCUUGGUUAUCUUCACGAACCCGGCUAACAAGUUGAAUCAGCAAUACAAAAUUGUAUUUAAUUAUUUAUUUACUAAAUACCUAACUAAUCACACAGAAUUACAUGUACACAGAAUGAACCAUACAUUGAUUACAAAUUACGUCAUAAAGGAAAACGUCCCUAGCGGACGGAGCAGAUAUGACAGCUGGUUACACAAAGGAAAAGGGGUUGGGUUUGAGUGAAAGAGCGGGAAGACUGAGGAACAAAGGCAGAAGCUGUGCUAUCGUAAAUACAGUAUCCUAUGCAUUCUAAAUUACCGCCCAUUUGGAAAAGGAAAAUGCAAUAAAUAUUUACUCUGAGCUGCGCUUCAAUAGGUUGGUGGUAGAUGGAAGGCCGUGUUGCCCAACAGAGUCCUUUGAAGAGUGUCUCUGGUGGUGAACGGGAUACGUUGUAGUGUCGUCGUUGGGUGGUAGACGAGAUACUCUGUCUGUCCUCUCCUAGCCCAUGUUUACACGCUAACUGCUAACUCAACGACUAGGAGAUAUCACUUCUGUAGUGAACAAGAGUUCAAAGUUCAUACCAUUUGCAACCAAACUCACACUGAGGUUGGCUUAGUUCUGUAGUUGACAUGUUAGUCCUUUUCAACGUAUGGACCGUCGUCCUAUCGUCCUCGGAACAGAAGGUUACAUUUUCGUCAAGGGCUUAUAUAGUGAAGGGAGAGAUGGGUGUGUUUCAUAGUUUAUAACCCAUGUCUCUUCACAGGAGCGGGCCACUGAUUGAGCAGAGCCCUAACCUUAUGAAAACCCAAAUCUCUCAUUUGGAAGCUAAAAUUACAUUUGAUCUUUUCACAAAUAAUUUUAUAUUUAAACAUUUGAAUUGUACAACAAUUCCAUGUGAAUCUGAUAACUAUAAUGUGUAGACUUUCCCAGAUACAGUUUAGGUUGUCCUGUCAUCAGUCAUAAUGUCUCAGAUGACAACCGAACUGACAUCAUAUUCAUUAAGUACCAACGCAUAUUUUCAACUGGUUCUAUUACCGAAAUAUGGUUCCUUUCCCCCACUUGUUUGAUGUUCCCAGACUCUCUAUGUUUAACAAAGGCUAUUAAAGUGUCCUUCCGUAGAGUCAGAGAGAGAGGAAAGGGAGUAAGGUAUUUAUGGGGGGGUCAUAAACCUUACCCACAGGCCAACGUCAUGACAAUGUGUAUAUAUAUGUUGAAUAGUUUACGGUAGUAUUGACUGUGUGUGUGUGUAUAUAUGUAUAUAUAUGUUGAAGAGUUUACGGUUGUAUUGACUGUGUGUGUAUAUAUGUAUAUAUAUGUUGAAGAGUUUACGGUUGUAUUGACUGUGUGUGUGUAUAUAUGUAUAUAUAUGUUGAAUAGUUUACGGUUGUAUUGACUGUGUGUGUGUGUAUAUAUGUAUAUAUAUGUUGAAUAGUUUACGGUUGUAUUGACUGUGUGUGUGAGUAUAUAUGUAUAUAUAUGUUGAAGAGUUUACGGUUGUAUUGACUGUGUGUGUAUAUAUGUGUCACGCCCUGGCCUUAGUAUUCUUUGUUUUCUUUAUUAUUUUAGUUAGGUCAGGGUGUGACAUGGGGAAUGUUUGUGUUUUUGUUGGUUUUGGGUGAUUCUAUGGUAAAGGGGGUGUUGGGUGUAGUAUAUGGGUUUGUGUUGAGUACAUGUGUCUAGCGUUGUCUAUGUAUGUUUAGUUGUCUAGGAGAGUCUAUGGUUGCCUGAAUGAGUUCCCAAUUAGAGACAGCUGAUUUCUGUUGUCUCUGAUUGGGAGCCAUAUUUAGGGUAGCCAUAGGCUUUCAUUUGAUGUGAGUAGUUGUCUAUGUGAUACGUUUGUAGCCUGUGUGUGCACAUCGUUAUUUAGCUUCACGAUCGUUUUCUUGUUUUGUUUAGUGUGUAAGUGUUUUGUUUCGUUUUUCCUUCAUAUUCAUUAAAAGGAGUAUGGCUUACUUUCCUACUGCUGCGUUUUGGUCCGUCAAUCCUCCACACGAUCGUGACAAUAUGUAUAUAUAUGUUGAAUGGUUUACGGUUGUAUUGACUGUGUGUGUGUGUAUAUAUGUAUAUAUAUGUUGAAGAGUUUAUGGUUGUAUUGACUGUGUGUGUGUAUAUAUGUAUAUAUAUGUUGAAGAGUUUAUGGUUGUAUUGACUGUGUGUGUAUAUAUGUAUAUAUGUAUAUAUAUGUUGAAUAGUUUACGGUUGUAUUGACUGUGUGUGUGUAUAUAUGUAUAUAUAUGUUGAAGAGUUUACGGUUGUAUUGACUGUGUGUGUGUGUAUAUAUGUAUAUAUAUGAUGAAUGGUUUACGGUUGUAUUGACUGUGUGUGUUUUCACAGCGGUGUGCUCGUCGUCCUGUCUGAACGGUGGGAGGUGCAUCAGGCCUAACAGGUGUCAUUGCAGUCCUGGGUGGAGCGGGCACGACUGCUCUAGG